CUUCGGAGGCUGAGCGAGCGAGCAUACAUUGUCGGGCAGCAGCACCAGCAGCAAACACAGCAGCCUGAGCGUGCAAGGAGCGAGGGGGCCGGCGAUAUGGAUCCGUACAGCUACAAGAAGCUGACUUCGGAGUUCAAGCCACCGACGCCCAAGCCUCGCAAGCGUCCGAGCAGCUUCGAAGUCGCCUCGACCAAGAAGAAGAGACUUGGCGGCUUCAUUCCCACCGGCGACGCCUGCUAUGUCUCACCGGCCGAGGACGACGUCGAGGACGACUGCCAGCCGCUGGACCAGUCCACUUUUCUGCGGGUCUCGCGGAGUGUGGGCAGAGUCGAGCAUGAGGAGGAGCCAGUCGAGGAUGAUGAUCGCGGCGAAGGACCCUCCUCGACGCAGCGUUUGCCUACCCUGUCACCCGCUCAGCAGCCUAAGCUGUCGCACCAGGGACAGGGGAACGACACAUCGUACUGGAAGUGCCUGUACCGCAAGCCCAACACGCGCAAGAACAAGUCGUGGGAGAAUGAUGCGGUGCUGAUCGUCAAGAACCAGGGCAGGCUGCAUGUGCUGCGCGACGUAGAUACGAUGAAGAACUUGGCGCAGAGCGGCAACUUGGCGAGCCUGGCAUUGGAGAGGACAGAGGAUGAGAAUCAGUUCUUCAAGAUCGGAGCCUACGAAGCCAUUAUCGAGUAUGAAAUCAGCGAGCAAGACUUCCUGCGAGGCAACUGCUCGACGCCCGCCCCUGCGUCAGACCAUCAGCGUCAUAGCACUAGUGCCGCACCGCCAAAGAAUUAUGUCCUCAACCAUAAACCGAUCAGGGUCGGAAUGACUGGCUCAAGGCUGGGCCACGCGCAGAGUCCCGUCUCGGCACACCGAGCUCCUUCGACUCCAGCGAGCGGACGGAAUACAGGCGACGCAAGCUCGACGAUGCGAGAGCCUCUCUCGGCACGGCGAGAGUCUGCAUCAUCGGCGCCUCGCUUGCCGGGUGCGAUUGGUCCCGUGAAAGACCCAGAGACACCGACGUCUGUUGACGCACGAUCAUUCUACGCAAAGCCAAUGAGCAAGAGUGCGGGCGGAUCGAGGGAGCAAUUCCUCCCUAAAGUUGCGGGCCUGCUGAAUCCGGGCAACGGGACAACGCCAAAGCCCAAAUUUGACCCCGACGAAGUGGGCGCCAUCGUUAUGAAGCGCCCGGACAAGGAGCAUCAGAAGGUCUUCAACAAGAGGAAUCUCCCCGUAGUCGAUGUAGUCGUCGAUCCUGUUCUCACCAAAGCCCUGCGUCCGCAUCAAGUUGAAGGUGUCAGAUUUCUCUACGAACGAGUCAUGGGCAUGCGCAUCGAUGACAGCGAUGAGUCGAUGGGUGCCAUUCUGGGAGACGAGAUGGGCCUGGGCAAAACGCUUCAAACAAUCACGCUUAUCUCGACGCUCCUCACGCAAAGCUGCUACUAUUCGCCCACCGCAAGGACCAUCGAUCGAGCCCUCAUUGUGUGCCCGCUCUCGUUGGUCAAGAACUGGACGAGGGAAUUCACAAAGUGGAUUGGCAACACGAAAAUCAAUGUCAAAGGCAUUGAAGCGAGCGAGACCAGCGUAGAGAGCCUCGUCAAUGGUCGAUCGAUCCAAGUCAUCGUCAUUGGCUACGAGAGGAUGCGAACAUGUGUGAAAGCGUUGGCCGACGCGCAACCUCCUUUUGGCUUGGUGGUCUGCGACGAAGGUCAUCGGCUAAAGUCACUUCAAGCCAAGACUACGCAAAUGUUCUCGAGCUUCAACUGCCCUCGGCGCAUCAUCCUGACUGGCACACCCAUUCAGAACGAUCUCUCAGAAUUCUACGCCAUGUUCGACUUCGUUGCGCCUGGGCUGCUUGAUUCGCCAAAGGUCUUCAAACGGGCGAUAGAGGACCCCAUCAUGCGGAGCAGGCAGCGUGGAGCUCGGCAAGAGGUCAUCGAUCGCGGACGGCAGCUGACAGAUAGCCUUCAGCAGAUUGCAGGCAAGAUCAUGCUCCGUCGAACAGCUGAGCUCCUCUCCGGCUAUCUUCCACCCAAGCAUGAGCUCGUCGUCUUUUGCAGCCCCUCGAAACUCCAGCUGGAUGUCUACAACCGAAUUCUGGAGUCCAACUUCAUCCGCGAUGUCCUCGGCGAAGGUGGUGAAAGCGGUGCGGCAACAAAUCACCUGACGUUGACUGGUGUCCUUCGCAAGCUCUGCAACACACCCGAGCUCCUCCUCAAGGAUCUCGGCGACAAAGGUGGCAUCGAACAAACAGUGACUCAAUCACUUGUUGAAAAUACCGUGGAUCUCUUCCCGAGGCGGACCGUGACGAACGAUGCCAGCUUGAGUGGCAAGCUCCUCUGCCUCUUCAAGAUGCUCAAAUUGAUCCGGGAGACGACCAGCGAUAAGGUGGUCAUUGUGUCCAAUUUCACGAAGACGCUCGACAUCCUCGAAGCCAUCUGUCGAAAGUCGCGCCACAGCUUCGUACGAAUGGACGGCACGACAAAGCAAUCCGACCGCAUGAGAAUCAUCAACGACUUCAAUCGUGGAUUACAGAAGGAAAGCUUUGUCUUUCUGCUCAGCUCCAAGACUGGAGGCACAGGAAUCAACCUGAUUGGCGCCAACCGACUUAUCCUCGUCGACUCAGAUUGGAAUCCGGCCGUUGAUAGACAGGCGAUGGCGCGUAUUCAUCGAGAUGGACAGAAGAAACAUUGCUACAUCUACCGCCUGCUUGUCGCGGGCACCAUGGACGAGAAGAUCUAUGAGCGGCAGAUCAGCAAGCUCGGACUGAGCGACUCAAUGAUUGACAGCGGCAAUGCGGAGGCGGUAACUCAGGGAGCGACGGGCAAGAAAUCCGCUUCCGACUCUUUCUCAAUCGAAGAGCUUCGUGAUAUCUUCCGACUCCAUCUCGAUACUCCAUGCAUUUCUCAUGAUCAGCUUGGUUGUAGCUGCGGCGGCACUGGUGUCGGAGGUGCUGGUCGAAAGAAGGAAGAUAGUGAGGAAGACGGGGACGCAAAAGAAGAGCAAAGUCCAGUCGAGAAGUCCUUUAUCCCUGCGUCGCAAGUGGCAAAGGCACAAAAGAGUGAGAGCGAGAUUGACAAGCGUGCGAAGCUGGCCGCCCUGUUGGAUUGGGGCCAUCAUGACUUUUCCGACGUGGGCAAGCUUGUCGGCCAGGAAGAAAGAGGAGAGCAUGGCCGACUUGCAGAAGGCGACGACGCAGCAGAAGCUGGUCGACUGGACGAGGACGAGGGAUUGCUCGUCAAGGCAACGAAAGACGAGGUCCUUAACAUGAUCGUCGAGGAGCAAAAAGUCGAAAUGCUUGCAGAACUCCGCGAGACUGUGGCUGCCAACAACUUGGACAUCGGCACGUCUCCCCUGCAGACUGACGAGCGCAAGAGAAACAAGGCCGGCCUCUUCUUUUCAAGCCAGUCUGAAAUGGCGGCUGACGAAGACGGUGGAGAUUCUUCAGACGAAGACAAGACGGGCGAAGAGACAAAUAACAGAAUGCAAAAGGGCAGGGGAUCAAUCUUGACAGAGCUCGAUGCGAUUGCAGAGGGGUGCGAGAAGGAGGAUGGCGACAAUACUUCAGACAAAGAGGUCGAGCCUGAAGAAAAACCAUCGAGAUUCGACUUGAGGCUUACAAGGCCCGGCUCGGUCCUCUACGUCUUUUCAAAGAGCUCGAAGAGCGCGAUCGUCGAAGGAGAGGGCGAGAGCAGCAGCGAGGUAUAAAUAAUAGAAGGGAGCAUCGGCAGGGUUCUUUUGAAGUAAGGACAACCCCAACUCUUGGUCUGAGACACACACAGGAAUACACAGGACAAGGAUUGCGCAGACAACAAACCUAAGACACAUUGUACUGUAUAGUAGCAUCACAUCUAGACGAAC